CUCCUCUCCUCUGGUCAAGGUUGCACUUGGAGCCUGUAGUCGCAGCAGGACGCGUCGGGGAAGCGCCGCUUUUACGCACGAGCCGAGCAGCAGCCGACGGAUCAGCUGUGACUUGUCCUGCCUGUCUGUUGGUUGGUUUGUUUGCCAAAGAGGAAUCCCUCACCUCUCUCAGCCCCGCAGCCAUGGACGAAAUGGAGGAAGAGUUAAAAUGCCCAGUUUGCGGCUCCUUUUUCCGGGAGCCCAUCAUUCUGCCGUGCUCCCACAACAUUUGCCAGGCGUGUGCGCGGAAUAUCCUCGUGCAGACCCCCGACGCCGAGUCUCCGCAGAGCAGCCGAGCCUCCGGCUCCGGCGUCUCCGACUACGACUACCUGGAUCUGGAUAAAAUGAGCCUGUACAGCGAAGCGGACAGUGGAUACGGUUCCUACGGGGGCUUCGUGAGCGCCCCGACCACCCCUUGCCAAAAGUCGCCAAACGGGGUGCGGGUUUUCCCCCCGACUGUCCUGCAGCCUCCUGCGCAGCAGCAGCAGCAGCAUCAGCAGCAGCAGCACCUGCUCCCGCAGCCGGGCUCCUUGCCCCCGAUCCCCCGCAACUCCUGCAUCACCUGCCCGCAGUGUCACCGCAGCCUCAUCCUGGACGACCGGGGUCUCCGCGGGUUCCCCAAGAACCGGGUGCUCGAGGGGGUCGUGGACAGGUACCAGCAGAGCAAGGCGGCCGCCCUCAAGUGCCAGCUCUGCGAGAAGAGUCCGAAGGAGGCCACGGCGAUGUGCGAGCAGUGCGACGUCUUCUACUGCGACCCGUGCCGCCUGCGGUGCCACCCGCCGCGCGGUCCCCUCGCCAAGCAUCGCCUGGUGCCGCCGGCGCAGGGGCGGAUAAGUCGCCGCACGAGUCCGCGCAAAAUCUCCACCUGCACAGAGCACGAGCUGGAGAACCUGAGCAUGUACUGUGUGCAGUGUAAGAUGCCCGUGUGCUACCAGUGUUUGGAGGAAGGGAAGCACGGCACACACGAGGUCAAAGCUCUGGGCGCAAUGUGGAAACUGCACAAGGGUCAACUGUCCCAGGCUCUGACCGGCCUGUCCGACCGAGCCACCGAGGCCAAGGACUUUCUGGUCCAGCUGAGAAACAUGGUGCAGCACAUCCAGGAGAACGGCGUGGAGUUCGAGGCGUGUCUGGUGGCCCAGUGCGACGCCCUCAUCGAAGCCCUGAACCGACGCAAGGCCCAGCUGCUGUCUCGAGUGAACAAGGAGCACGAGCACAAGCUCAAGGUGGUUCGGGAUCAGAUCUCCCACUGUACGGUGAAGCUGCGUCAGACCACGGGCCUGAUGGAGUACUGCCUGGAGGUCAUCAAGGAGAACGACCCCAGUGGUUUCCUCCAGAUCUCCGACGCUCUGAUCCGGAGGGUCCACAUGACAGAGGGCCAGUGGGGGAAGGGCACCCUCACCCCGAGGAUGACCAGCGACUUUGACCUCACCCUGGACAGCGGGCCCCUCCUGCAGACAAUCCACCAGCUGGACUUUGUCCAGAUGAAAGUCCCGGCUGCUCCCAUGCUCCAGCUGGAGGAAUGCUGCACUCAGAACAACAGUGCCACGUUGUCAUGGAAACAGCCGCCGCUCUCCACCGUCGCCGUGGAGGGCUACAUCCUCGAGCUGGACGACGGGAACGGGGGGCCGUUCAGGGAAGUGUACGUGGGGACGGAGACCAUCUGCACCGUGGACGGGCUGCACUUCAACAGCACGUACAAGUCCAGAGUGAAGGCCUUCAACGCCAGCGGAGUGGGACAGUACAGCAAGACGCUGAUCAUGCAGACGUCCGAGACUGGACUCCCUCCAUGUGAUAUUCAGUCUAUAGGCGCAGUCGCCUGGUUCACCUUUGACUCGGCCUCCGCCCACCCGGACAUCAUCCUGUCCAACGACAACCUGACGGUGACGUGCAACAGCUACGACGACAGGGUGGUCAUGGGCAACUCCGCCUUCUCCCGCGGCGUGCAUUACUGGGAGAUGACCAUCGAUCGCUACGACAACCACCCGGACCCGGCCUUCGGCAUCGCCCGGGGCGACGUCUUGAAGGAUGCGAUGCUGGGGAAGGACGACAAGGCCUGGGCCAUGUACGUGGACAACAACCGCUCCUGGUUCAUGCACAACAACUCGCACACCAACAGAAUGGAUCAUUCUGUCGCACUGCGCAGGUCAGACGGUGGCAUCGGUAAAGGAGCGACAAUAGGAGUGCUGCUCGACUUCGCGCGCAGGAUCGUCAUCUUCCUCAUCAACGAUGAGCAGCAGGGUCCAGUCGCGUUCGAAGGUCUGGAGGGCGUCUAUUACCCGGCGAUCAGCCUCAACCGAAAUGUCCAGAUCACGCUGCACACUGGUCUACCCAUCCCGGAUUUCUACACCCCUGGCGAGGCAGAUCCCACUGGCUCUGUGUGCUAAAAGGCUCACCGCCAAGGGGGGGAAAACCUCCCCCUAGCUUUUGCCCAAGGGUUCAUCCCGCCAGUCAAUAACUAUGAUCCCUGCACCCUCCUCCUCCGCUCUCGCCCCCCCCCCCCCCCCCCCCCCCCCCCCCCCGACCGACUGACCCCGUGACCCCUCCGUAACAGGCCCCAUCCAGCACUGAGCCAUGCCUUUAACAUGCCGAGACCUUGGACGAGUGGAACAUCCGCGGAACACUGUCAAAAUACCGGACGGCGCUUCGCCACCUGCACCGUGAAUUUGGACCUGAUACAGGUUUAAGUUGAGGAAGGUGAAAUCCUGUUGAAAAAUAAUUUGGAUCUUAAGCUCUCGAGGAUCUGGAAUGUUACAAAUAUAUGUACAUCCAAAAUAAUAUGUCCUUAAAAGAGUAAUUUGACAAUUUUGGUGGGGGGGAAAAAAAUGCUUAUUGGCUCUCCCCCUGAGAGUUAGAUGACCAGUUACAGUACACCUGUCUAGCAAAUACGUACCUGCAGCCAGCAGCCAGAUAAGCUUAGCUCAGCAUAAAGACUUGAACCAGUAGGCCUCUGCCCAAAGUCGAGAAAUUCCUCUACGUCUAAAGAUCUCUUGUUGAAGCAUUAUGUGUCAGGUGCAGGUGUAGGCGGCUUUUGGCUUUGGACUUGGCCACAAAAAAGUAGUCGGAAAUUUAUGCUAAGCUACGCUAACUCACCGCCCACUGCGGCGUCACAUUUAUUUUUUACAGUGGCGUCGGCCGAAGCGAAUGUUUCCCCAAAACCGUUGAGCAAUCCCUUUAAAGGGGAGGAGGCUGUUUGUUUGUAUUUUUUCGGUAAAUGAGAAAGCCCCCCCCCCCCCCCCCCCCCCGUCGUCAAACCACGGAACUUGCAGCGUCGGAAUAUUUACUCGUUCCUUUUUUCAAAGCACAAGCACAUGAUUUCACACGAAUCUUCUCCUGCCGUCGCUCGCCGCCACCAAAUCGGAACGCCGGGGGGAGCAUGAUGGGUCACCUUUUGUGUGUGUGUGUGUGUGUGUGUGUGUGUGUGUGUGUGUGUGUGUGUGUGAGGUCUGGGUGGAUGGGUUGAGACAUUUCAGCAGCAGCAAUGAAACCUGGACGGGAGCGAUAGGCCGACUGUAAGCCGCGUCGCCGUCGUAUACCCUCGUCCGUGUAAAUGAGGCGCUUUUAUUUUUUUUUUUAGUGGCUUAGCUCAUGUGAAACUUCUGUAUCGUCUGUAUAAAAAAUUUGAAACAAUUGCAUCGGUGUAUAGAAUUAUACUGGAAGCGAAGCCUUUCGCGCAGCCUUUUCUCUGCAGUGCAGCUCUCGGAAACAAGACGGGAGGGGGUGAUUUUUUUUUCAGUUUAAUGUAUCAUAAAAGCAGGUCAUUGUGUGCGUUGAGGUGAUUUUAAGAUGAUGACUGUGAAGCUGCUCGAAUGAGGUGCUACAGCAGCUUGUUUUGUUCCUUUUUUCUUCUUUUCUUUUUUUACCGUUGGUGACUGAAUCCUGGUAGUUUUAUAAUGUCGAUAUUGAUAUUGAAACGAUAUAUCGCAGAGAGAGGUGUACAGCUCAAUAAGUUAUUGAUGUUCAAAGUUUUUCCCGAUGAGAAUUCAUGAGUGUUUACUUUAUUUGAUGUCUAUAGUUAUUGCAGAGAGUAACUGAACCUUUUUUGUCGCUUUAAACAUGUAGUUUAGGAAGUCGUUCUGAACCUGAAAGAGGCUUCUCGGGGUUACCGUGACAACAGGAACGGUGAUGAUGCUGUUGGGCGACCUUUUUUUUUUUGAUGCAUCACAUUUGGGCAAAAGCCUCCUCGAGUGGCAACAAUGUGAGAUUAAGUCAUAAACCAAAGUGACUUUUGAUGGCACUGAAGAUUUGGGACGUAGGUGGACGUAAAUGUGUGUGCCAAAUUUCAUCCAAUAGCUGUCCAUCCAAUAUUCUUUCCCCAGAUAUUUCACUCGAGCACAAACGUAAUCUCAUCGUGGCUCUGUAGGAAAAGCCAGAGGAUCGCCAAAGUCAUUAGGAUUCAUCCUCUGGGGGCCAUGAAUGUCUGAUCCACCUGACGGAUAUAUGUCAACACGACUCUGACCUGCAGGUGGCGCCAGACAAAUGUCGAGGACCAAGCAAAAGUCAUUAGGGACUCAUGUUUUCAUGAUUCAAUGUCCAUGAAAAACACCCAACAUUUAAGUCAAUAGAUUUCUUAGUCUAAGGACCGUCCAAAAUUUGUCAGCAACCAAUGUUUUGAGAUAAGUCUGGACCAGAAAUGGUGGGCCAACCAACCGAUGCUGCUAUCCUUAGAGCCACACAGCUUGCAUGGCAAACAAAAAAAAGACUUCCCUUACUGUAAGUUAAGUUCAAAUGUGAUGGUUCAGUUUGAGGAAACUGUUGCCUGUUUAAAGACGCAUUCAAAAAAGGUUUCUCUCGAGUAUCGCAGCCCUGAUAUACAUACAGUACACAUAGCAUUUAUUAUAAGGUGCUAUCAUGUUUGAGCUUCAUGAGUGUGCCUUUCCUCCCUCCUUCAAUACCCCAAAUAUUUAUGGAUCUUUGCUACAGACUAGAUGCGUCGCUUCGGCAGAGUCGACCUUUUUACAUCUGUGAUGCCUGACUUCACCCGCUGCCGCAUAUUUUUUCUAUCAUAAAAGGGCAAAAGUUCAACACGUUUGCUACGGAAAUAUAAAAAACCAACAGUAUUGAAGGGGGAACAUUGCAGUCAGGGAUGGCAAGGUGUGUUUUAUAAACUUUUUAAAUUCUCUAAUGAUUAUUUUUUUUGUUAUCUCUUCCCCUGAUCUACAAUGACAUCACUGGUAAAAUGGCUGCGCACGGCAAACUUGGUGACAUUUGCAUGUGUGCUCGCCACGCGCAGCCUUUCGCGCGGCGAGGCUGAAUUCAGAGCUUGCAACAUUUGAUGGGCUGCUAUUUCGAGGAAAGGCCAUAAUUAUACUGCAAGCGGCUCACUCAGGUGUUGGGUCACUGAGCAGCGAGAGCCUCCGUUGACUCCUACACAGACGGCGUUAUGUCACGGCAUUACAUGAGCCUCGGAUCCCAGGACAAAUAAACAAAAAUGCACUUAAUCCAGUAGAACAGUUUAUUAAAGGUUCACACAGACACACUUGAACGUAGGGUGAGGAACUUGUUUGAUCACGCAAUGACAACCAUGUGUGUUUCUGUGCUGAACACACGAGGGUGCUGACCUUAAAACAGUGGUGUGAUUGUAACAGUUAUUAUUUCUAAAACCAGCCAAACACACUUUAAUGAUAUCAAAAUAGACCCGGGGGGGGGGGGGGGGGGGGGGGGAUUUGAAGUCUAUCACACAGCCUCGUCAAAUUUUUAUGAAUUAUUGGAAAAAAAACGUGCACACAGUCGCUGGGCGACACUGGGUGUUAUAUCUCCAAAUGUACAUACGUGUGUGUGUGUGGGUGUGUGUGUGUGACUGAGUCUGUGCGUGUGUGUGUGUUACCUGCAUUAUAACCUCAUGUCAACCCCAAAGUUAUUCAUUUUGCCCUGUUUGACCUGAGGUGGAAUGUCAUCACUCAAUAUUAUUAGUUACAGUGAAACUGGAGAAAAAAAAAUGUCUAUGGAGAAUUUUUAUGAAUAUGAAAUUAACAUUGUUACUACUAUCAUUUUAAGAAGGUAUGAUUACUAUGAUUGUUAUGAUUAUAUGUCUAUCAUGGCCAUAUUUCUGCUAUUACUAUGAUUUGAAGUAUAAUACGAGGCUCUGUGUUUUCUGUAUGUGUGAAUAUUCAAAUAAAUAGAUGUCAACAAGG